AACAUAUGUACACAAAAACAACUAACUAAACAAAACUCUGCAUAGCGUUAUCCGUUGUACUAUUUUCUCCUCUCUUUUUUAUUCUCUUUUUCUUUCGGUUUCUCCAAUCUCUAUCCUUGUACAUAGAGAAAUUUUAUCCAAAUAUUUUUUUCAAUUUCUCCCUAAAUGUAACUGUACCUUACUUUCAUGUAAAGUCAAACUCAAAUCAAUAGCACACUCUCAAACACAAAACCCACUUCCUCCUACUUCGCAAAACACCACAAAGGGAUGUCCAAUAAACUGGACGGCGACUUGCGGGCCGGUUCCACUCAGCCGUUCGACGACGGUUACCUCGGAUACGAUCCUCGUCUCUCUUCCCAGAGAUUUGACUCCUUCUCCAACUUCGCUGAGUCCGAGUCCGUCAAUGACCCCGCCGGCGAUGAUUCGCCCAUUUUUACUUCGAACCCGAUUGCCGAUAAUUCCUAUGAACAGCCGAUCCACGUACCAUAUGAAUUCUCCUCUUUCUCUUCUGGACUUGAUGUAACAUCGGAUGGAGCAAUUCUGCCGCCACCGGCGGAGAUGCAACUGGAACAAGGUUCCGCUCUUAGAGAGUGGAGAAGGCUUAAUAACAUUCGACUGGAGGAGAAGGAAAAGAGGGAGAAAGAGGUGUUGAGCCAAAUCUCUGAUGAAGCAGAUGUGUUCAAAGUUGACUUUUACAGGAAUAGGGAGAUCACAGUGGAAACGAACAAAGCUACUAACCGGGAGAAGGAGAAAUUAUUCGUAGCCAGUCAUGAGAAGUUCCAUGCUGAAGCUGCUGGAAAUUAUUGGAAAUCAAUCGGGGAGCUGAUUCCUAAUGAAGUACCAACAAUUGAAAAGAAGAAAGGGAAAAAGGAUGACGAAAAGAAGCCAUCGAUCGUUGUGAUUAAUGGGCCAAAGCCUGGGAAAGCCACUGAUUUAUCAAGAAUGAGGCAGAUACUAUUGAAGCUUAAGCAUAAUACACCUCACCACCUCAAGCCUUCUCCACCAGCAGGCCCUUCUACAAAAGCUGAUUCUGCCUCAGCUCCAGUUGCCACCGCAGUAGCUUCCUCCUCUGAGCCUGUUGCUGUUGCUUGAUAGGAAAAUUCUCCCCUCCACUGGAGGCAUAUGUCGUUUUGUUCUUAAUGUAGUUCUCCUUUCUAUCUGUAUAUGGUGUCGAUAAAGUAGGAUUGAGUGGAGUGUUACAGCAGAGCUUCCAUCAUCUGCAUAAUGGUAGAAUUCUUAGGUGACAGCGAGUUAUGUGGUCGUUUAUAAAGUAUUUGAAUUCUGUGCAGAGCUCUUGAGCUUAGCCAAAUGCCAAUGAUAAUUUAAAACUCAAUUUAUGCUUUUGUA